UUUAUUUUAUUUUAUUUGAAGUUCCUAACCGUUACUCUUCCAACCACAUGAAAUCGCAUGCUUCCUCCAAUCGCCACUGCGCCCGUUGGGUAUCUAUAUAUAUCUCCAUCACUCAUGUCAGUGGUCGUCCUCCAUAGCUUUUCUUGUAGCUCUUUGUCCAAGCCAGAUCAAUAAUACACAUGGAGCCAACGAACGGGAUGCUGAAGGCGGUCUCCGAGGAGGAGGAGGAGGCCUACAUGUACGCCUUGAAGCUGACGAGCGCCUCCGUUCUCCCCAUGACUCUCAAAGCGGCCAUCGAGCUCGAGCUGUUGGAGAUCAUCGUCCGCGCCGGUCCGCAGGCGAAGCUGAGCCCCGACGACAUCGUGGCCUCGUUGCCCAGCGAGAACCCGAAGGCGGCCGACGAGGUGGACCGAAUCCUCCGCUUGCUUGCAGCCUACGGCAUCGUCGACUGCGCGGUCGAGGCUGCCGCCGACGGUGGAUCUUCCCGGAAGUACAGCAUGACACCCCUCUGCAAGCUUCUGACCAAGGAUGAGGCCGGUGUGUCCAUGGCUUCUUUGUGCUUGCUGAUGCAGGAUAAGGUCCACAUGGGAAGCUGGUACUAUUUGAAGAAUGCAAUCCUACAUGGUGGUGUUCCCUUCGACAUAGCAUAUGGAAUGACAGCGUUCGAGUAUCAAGGUGUCGAUCCAAGAUUCAACAAGGUAUUUAAUGAGGCUAUGAAAGGCCAAUCGACCAUGAUAACCAAUAGGCUAUUACAGAUCUAUCAUGGUUUCGAUGACGUGAAGACGCUUGUUGAUGUUGGUGGUGGCAUCGGUGUUUCCCUUCACAUGAUCACCACCAAGUAUCCUCACAUCAAGGCCAUUAACUUCGACCUCCCACAUGUUAUCUCCGAUGCACCACCUUUCCUAGGAGUAGAGCAUGUUAUUGGAGACAUGUUUACAAGUGUUCCAUCAGGUGAUGCCAUUUUAUUGAAGUGGGUUCUUCAUGAUUGGAGUGAUGAUCACUGUGCAAAGAUACUGAAGAACUGUUGGAAGGCUUUGCCACAGAAAGGAAAGGUGAUAGUGGUGGAGUUGAUCCUCCCAACACUUCCCAAACCUACAACAAAAGCCCAGUGUGCAUUCCAUGCAGACCUUGCAAUGCUGGCUUUCAAUCCUGGAGGAAAAGAGAGGACUGAGGAGGAGUUUGAAGCCAUGGCAAAGGCAGCAGGGUUUUCUGGGUUUAAUGCUACUUAUGUGUUUGCUUGUGCUUGGGUCAUGGAGCUGAUAAAAUAGAUCUAAUUAUGUCUUAAGUACUACUUGCUUGUGUUGGCAUUAUGCUUUUAGCUUUGGUGAGUAUUGAUAUAUCUACAAUAUCUUUAUGCAAGAUCAUAAUAAUUGCCACCA